GAAGAAGUAACAAAAUGAUUCUUCAAAAAAAAAAAAAAAGUGUAUCAAUAUGACUUUGGAUUCAUCUAAACUCACAUGCACUGAAUAAAACAGCUUGAGUUUUUCUAAGCACUGGAACUGAGCUUUGGGUUCAGUACUAUUACUAUUACCUACGUUGACAACUCAUAUUGGACAAUUAAAAAUAAAUAAAUAAAAAAACCUGUCGUUUAUUUAAGGCCUUACUCAAUAAUUGAUACCUACAUGGGGUCAUGGAUCCGAGCUGGGGUUGUACAACGUGCGCCACACAACAUUAUGAUUGGAAAAGAACAGUACCCCAACCAAACAAUUACUAUUCUUAGACUGAUUAAGCGUUUAAUUAAAAGACUCAGCUUUCACCAGAUCCCAUAAUCUCAGAAUUCAGAAUCAAAGUUUGUACCUUAAUUCUUUUUCUUAACGGUAAUAUUGAAAUUUAUUAAAGCUGCGUUUCCAAGAAAGACCCAGGAAUAUUUCCUCCCUAGCUACUCGCUCCAGGUGAUGGAGUUUAUUAUGAGUUAAACCUGGUUUUUAGAGUAGUUGAAUGAAAAGGGUUGCUCUUGUUUCUGAGGCUCUAAAGGAGCAAUAUUGAGCUUGAAUAAUGGAGGAUUAUGCCAGUACUGUCAAUAUUGACAGUUCAGAUUCAUCUAAAGAAACAGAGAUGGUGGAAUUAGAAAACUGCAUGGAAGUUUUAACAAAACUAGACUUGGACUUGGCAUAUUCUUCUGAGAAAUUAGUAAAUCUUCAUGGACUACUGAUGAACCUUUUGGCACAAGAAAAUGAGCUUGAAACAAUAGCAGUGGAGAAUAACUAUAUCUCAGAAGAAUUUAUGGAGAAGGCACUGGUAUUUAAUCUCUUAUCUAGUAUUUUAGAUUCUGAGGUAAGAGAAUUGGACAGUUUCAUGGUUAGUCUCCAAGAAGAAAUUGUUGAUGCACAUAAAAAAAAAUCUUCAUGCAGAAACUUGAAAGAACAAUUUACCAUGAUGGAGGAGAAGUUGAUUGACACUGAAGGAUCUUUGAGACAGACUCAACUUCAGAUAUCAGAUGUCAAGAUUCAGUCAUCUAAGUUGCAGAGAACUGUUCUUGCUUUUACACAUGAAAAUUGGAAAAACUGCAUUGUCGAGGUAUCUGAACAUGGUCUGCUGUCAAAUAUAAAUGCCCAAUCGAAUCUGCAGAUGGCUGGACAAAGACAUAUUCUAAAGAUGCUAGAGAAAUCACUAGCAAGGGAGCUAGAUCUUGAGAAGAGGUUAACAGAAUCAAGAAAAAGUGAGGAAGAACUAAAACACAAGCUACAUUACACUGAGCAGGUAGCGUUUCGCAUGGAAGAAACUGCUCAAGUAGUUUGGGGAAGGUUUCUAGAGGCUGAGAAUUCAGUUGUGGUGCUCAAGGGAACUUCUCACGAAUUAUUAGGUCGAAUCCAACUUGCUCAUUUUAAUUUAAAUAGCAUGGUUCAACGAGAAAAUGAGAUGAAAUGUAAGUACCAAGAUUGUGUAGAAGACCUUAAGAAAAAAGAUGCAGCCUUACAAAGUUUCAAGAUCAGGACUGCUGAAAAUAGUGCCAUUGAUGCUGAACUCUCCAAUUUGAGGGAGACACUGAAGCUUCUGGAGGAAAAGGUUAAAGAAUCAGAGCUCCAUCUGAGCAAUGAAAAGGCCACAAACAGUUCAAGUGAAGCGAAAAUAAGGGAAUUGGAAAAUGUAAUUGAAUCAUUCAGAGAAAGUACUGAUGUAGCAGACACUAGAGCUGAAAGUGCAGAGCUCAAAGUUGCAGAGUUGACUGGAACAAAUGUUGAACUAACAGAAGAGCUUAAUUUUCUGAAAGGAAGUGCUAGUAAGGCAGAGAAAAAGGUUGGUGUUCUUGAGAAGCAACUGAGAGAAGCUGAGAUCCAAUUACAGAACGCAAAGGCAGUGUCUGAAGCAAGUCAAGAGCAACAGAAUAUGCUGUAUUCUGCAAUAUGGGAUAUGGAGACUUUAAUUGAAGAUUUGAAAUCAAAGGUUGCAAAGGCUGAAAACAAGACUGAUGAUGCAGAGGAGCAUUGUAUUAUCUUAUCCGAAACUAAUUCAGAACUCACUAAAGAACUGAGUAUUCUUAGAGAAAGAAUAGAGUACUUGGAGGAAUCGUUGGAGCAAGCUACAAGGUCAAAAGUUGAAAGUGCAAAUGAUAUUAAUGUCAAGACUAAAUUCAUAAUGGAUUUGGUAGUGCAACUAGGGAAAGAGAGAGAGCACCUUGAGAAGCAGUUAAAUCUCUUAACAAAGGAGAACAAAACUAUGGCUGUGAAGCUGGGUAUGACAGUGAAGGAUGCCUCGGUCGGGUACAACAGCAAUAAUGAUGAUGACAAAGAUCUUCCUUCCUUGACAAAUAAUUUAAGCAACAAUGAUUCUUGUGCAAAAUCAUCCUUGGAAGCUGUGAAAGAUUCUGUUGGUCAAAGUUUCCAGUUGGAUGAAACACAUGAAGCUUCUUCCUCAUCAGAUAAUGAUGUCAGGAACUCCAAUUCUGUAAAUAGUGGUGUUGAUAUAGUUUCAAAGCUUGAGGUCUCAAAUGUUGUGUCGUCCACUAGAUGCUUGAACCUAAAAUAUGUAUUUGUUGUGGCAAUGUUUGUAUCACUACUUAUAGUCUCAGCUAUGUAUUUGCUUAACCAAACCUUACCUAUUUCAUUGAUUUUUUUUGUGUGAAUGAAUUUCUCAUGGUCUUAACACCAAUGUUUUUCUCA